AUGAGAACAAGAUAUAUACCAUUUUUGGCAUUUUUGCUUGGAAAACAAUAAAUUUAGCAUAGAGGGCAAGAUUUAUAUCAAUAAUAUAAGUUUCUGGUAUUAAAAAAGAAGUGCAAGGCUUUAAAUUCCUCAACUAUUAGAACCUAUUAAUAUUAAAAUCGUUUUUAAAAAUAAUAAGCAGCAUUUUCUUAUCAAGCAUCUAAGCUCUUUGUUCAUGCUCAAUGCCUUGCCUUGCCUUCAUUAGAGUGUUUUAGGUGAAUAUUAUAAUCAGUAGAUCUUGAAAGUUCAAAUGGGGUCUGAUUGGCUUUGAUUGUUUGAAUUUGGUGAGAUGGCUCCAUUUUUAAUAUUUUGUCGAACCUAAAUAUUUCGAUAUGCCAAGCCAACAGAAAACAAUUUUAAAACUAUUUUAUCAGGUUUUUAUUAUAUUGAGUUCCAAAAUUAUAAAAUAAGUCAAAAUUAUACUAACUCCCCCCCCAUCCUUGAUCGAACGACUCGCCAUCGUUCGAUCAAGGAUGGGGGUUAAAAAAAUUUUUUUGGGGAAAAAAAAUUAUAUAUAUUUUUAUUUUCUUUUAAAUAAGAGGGUUAAGAGUAUUUAAUAAUUAUUUUUACAGCAAAAAAUUGAAUUAAUUUCAUAAAAUAUCAAUUUUUAAUAUUUUUGAUUUAUUAGUUACCCUUUUAAACUGUAUAAAUUUUAAUUUGUUCCUUAUUGAAUUAAUUUUUUUUUUUUUAAAUUUUAAAGAAUCUCUAUUUUUAUUAGAUUAUUGAGCUUUUGAGCCUAGAUUGAUGACUAAAUCACUUCGGAUGGUUGAUUUCGCAACUUUCUGUCGUCUCAAAGCUCUGAAAACAACUUCAUUAGGUGCAUCUUCCCAAGCUUUGAUAGCUAAUAUAUUUUAUAUAUAUAGAAAUUUGCAUGAUAUGAAAAUCGUUCGAUCAAGGAUGGGGGUUAAUUUCCCCAAUUUUUAGGAAUUUUUACAGUCAAUCGUUCGAUCAAGGAUGGGGGGGGAGUAAAAGACAAUUUAAGUUAAAACUCUAAAAGUGUUUAAAGUCCUCUAUAUUGUUUAUUGACUCCUUGAAGUUUUGGUACGUUCGCUUCAUAUUUGCCAAUUUUCUAGAAGCCAAAUUUUAUUUGGCAAGUCUGAUUAAAAUUAAAUCUGGCUAUAUUAAUAAAAAAUUUGUGUUAAGUUUUCCACAAAGAUGCUAUUCGAUUACACAAGGAUCUAUCGUUUUACAAAGAUCUUUAUAAUUUUGUCUAUAAGAUAAAAAAGAGAUACGCUGCUGCAUGCUCUUCUAUUUCCCUUUUAAGGUGUCACCCAUUUUUGACUCUACAAAAUCUUGAAUUCAAUAGAAUUUUUUUUUUAAAAAAUGGCAUUUAUCUCCAUAAAAAUCGAGUGCUUCUUCAAAGUCUUUAUCAGUUUACCUCUGAUGUUACUAGCAUAAGCACCUUAUUUAAUGUGCUUUUAUUUACCCCUCGAAGAUGUUGCCCAAUUUUGACUCUACAAAUCUUUAUUUCAGUAAAAUUUUUUUUUCAUAAAAAUAGUACUCCUCACAACCCAUAAUAAUCAAAUUUCCCCAAGAUCUUUAUCGAUUUACCUCUGAUGCUGCUAGGACCUUAAUGAAUGAGUUUCAACUAUCCAUUUCAGCGUCACUCACUUUUGACCCAACAAAUCUUCAAUUAAGUAUAACUUUCUUCAUAAAGAUGGAGCUCGUCUCUACAAGAGCCAAGUAUUUCUCCAAAGUCUUUAUCAGUUUACCUGAUCUUACUAUUAUAAGAUCCUAAUUAAAUACGCUUAAGCUGCUCCUAUGCCAUCAAAAUAGGCUUCGUCCUCUAAUUCAAUUUUCUGGACUUUUAAAGCAAAUGUGCAAAAAAAGCUAUACCAUUUUUAAGCAACAACAAUAUAAGAAAAUAAUAAAUUUAAUUAUUAAUUAAAAAUACUUACUCCCCCCCCCCUCCGUGAGUGAACAAAAAAAUUUUGUUCACUCACGGAGGGGGUUAAUUUUUUUUUAAAAAAUUUAUAUAUAAAAAUUUUUUAUAAAAAGUUUUUUUUCGAAAUUUAAAAAAAUCCUAAUUCGCAAAAAUUGGAAAGCAAAAAUUAAUUUAAUUUAUAAAAUUUAUGUUUUAAAAAACAAUUCGUUCAAAAUUAAACAGAAUUAGCUCUAGAUUUCAUUAUACUAAUUAUCAUUUAUAUAUCAAAGUUUUUUUCCAUAAAAAAAUUUUUGUUCAUUCACGGAGGGUGGGUUUUUGGGCAAAAAAUAGGGAUUUUUCUAAUGGUUUUGUUCACUCACGGAGGGGGGGGGGGGAGUUAGACCAUUAAAUCAGAAUAUAUUUCCAGGCUCAUCAGCACUUUUAGCCCAGUAAAAAUUUCUUAUCAAGAGUUGGUUUAUAAUGCUGACAUAGAUAAAAAGAUUGAAGAAGGCUUUGGGCCAGAUGGCUUAGGAAUUAUUACUGUGGAAAAUAUUCCUGCCUACCAAGAAAAACGUAUGGCUCUUUUACCUUAUGCUAGAAGACUUGCUCUACUUCCUGACGCUGAAAAGGCAAAGCUAGAAUUGCCUGAAAUAAAGUACAUGAUUGGGUGGAGCCACGGAAAAGAAUUUUAUGAGGGCACUGCUGAUUUUUCAAAAGGGUCCUUUUAUGCAAACCCAGAGGUAGACCAAGCCCCUCGCUACGAAGGAGCUUUUCACGAUAAUGUGUGGCCUGAAAGUCUGCCUGGACUUAGAAUAGCAUUCAGAGAUUUAGGCCAAGAAAUUAUGAGGGUUGCUGGACUUUUGGCUAGAUCACUUGACAAAUAUGUUCUUGCUCGUUAUAACGAAUAUCAGCCUGGCUUAUUAGAAGAUAUCGUAAAAAAUCAUAAAAAUACCGUUGGAAGACUUCUUCAUUAUUUCCCUCAAGUUGGGUCAACCCAUGAAUGGUGUGGCUGGCACAACGACCAUUCUUGCCUGACAGGACUUACUUGUCCUCUAUACCUUAAUCAGACUACUGGAGAAAUUGUAUCUCCUAAUGAGCUACCAGAUGUAAAAACUGGGCUUUUCAUCAGAAAUAGAAAAGGUGAAAUCCUGAAGGCUCAUCUCACAAAUGAUUUAUUGUUAUUCCAAAUCGCAGAGACCUCGCAAAUAAUUUCUAAUGGAUGGCUUCAAGCGACCCCUCAUUCUGUUUUAACAGGUGGUAAUUUCCCUGAUAUUUCUAGAAAUACCUUCGCUGUUUUCAUGGGACCAAAGCCAGACUUGGUAUUAAGAGUCCCUGAAGACCAUUCCAGGAUGUUUGUUGAGCAUGAAGGAAUUCCAUCCUUAAAAUCUCGCUUCAAAAAAGGUAUGACUUUUGGCGAUUUUCAUAACGCAACAGUAUCUCAUUUUAACUAUUCUAGUUCACAAAAUUUGCUAUAAGCUUUAGAAUAUCAAUUUUUUUUGGCCAAAAAAUUAUUUUCUAAUGGCUUUGCUAUUAAAAUUGAAUUUAAAUUUAAAAGUUUUUCGUUGAUAUAGCAGCUAACCUAUAA